CGUAGCUUUGGGUAGUGUCCGGUCAAGUCCAGUUUUUCGAUUAAAUAUGCGUGUGUCGUUGUCGUGCGGUAGACUAUUUUCAAAAUGUUUAUCCUUUCAACCGCGGGCAGCUGUUAGUGCAUGCCGAGAGACGCUUCUGAAGGCACACGCAGCGAGUUACAGCACCCAGCCAGGGUCCAAAGAUGUCUCCCUCUCUUUCGCGUCUUACGAAUCCACUCAAGCCGAGGAUCAGAGGUCGCCGAUUAUCAUCCUCCACGGACUAUUUGGCAGCAAGAACAAUUGGAAAAGCUUAUCUAAGGCGAUGGUGAACGCGACGAAACGUAAGGUUUUCGUUCUGGAUGCCCGUAACCAUGGAGAAAGCCCACACACUGACGAAAUGGACUACAUACUGAUGGCCAAUGAUGUAGAUCUCUUUAUCAAGGAGCAUAGUCUCGACAAGGUCGGCAUUAUCGGACACAGCAUGGGUGGAAGGACAGCCAUGACAUUUGCCUUGACGAGGCCAUCCAUGGUAGAAAGGCUUGUGGUAGUGGAUGUGUCUCCAGUUACCAUGCCAUCCAUUGUCGUGCACGACAAUGUCCUCGUCAACCACAUUAAUUCCAUGGACACUGUUUUGCCUCAACUCUCUCCAGACAUGUCUUCACCAGCAGCUCGUAAGGAAGCUGACCGUAUUCUGGCGAAUGACAUACCCGAAGUUGCCGUGCGUCAAUUUCUGCUGGCCAACCUUCAAAAGGGUGAACGCCUGUAUGAAUGGCAGUUCAACUUGAAGGCGCUGAAGCGAAACCUUCCCAACAUCAUCCAGAUGCCCGACUUGAAAGGGCUCACCUAUGAUGGGGACACCCUGUUUAUCUGUGGAGGCGACUCUCCUUAUGUGAGCAAACGGGAUCAUGAUGGCAUCAAGGAGAAGUUCCCAAACGCCAACAUUUUUUACAUCAAAGGCGGCGGACACUGGGUUCACGCAGACAAACCCGCGGAAUUCUUAAACUUGAUCAAAGAGUUCAUGGGCGGUGGUGCGUCCUAGUGUCUGUUGUAAAUCGUGCUCUCUUAUGUCAGCAUAUUUGCUGUGUAUUGUCACUUGUUAAUUGUACAGUAGUUGCGCGUUUUUAACUAGAAAGUGUUGCUCAAUAAAUUUUGUAUACAAAGCCUGCAAAAA